UAUAGAGUUAUAGUAUACGGAGUGUAUCACGACGGUACGACCCACACCACGCGAUACGAGAGUGAGAGAUGUCGCGAGAGAAGGACCAGGCGACGCCGCACCUCAGCAGCCUUGUUGUACGGCCCACCGAUAGCGGUGGCGGAGCGGCCGCCGGCGGAGGCGGUGGAACCGACUACGAAACUGGCGAGGUCCAUCGGGAUCUACCUCCGUAUUCUCGCUCCAAUCGAUUGCCGGACGGCCAUGGAUAUAGAAUGCGUGCAGGUUCUGUUUCUCCUGUGCGCCAUAGAAAUACGGAUCGUCAAUUCAGUCCAGAUUUUGUUCACCCUGGUGGUCCACCACGUGGUCAUGGAUUUGGCAAUGGGAGAGAUCCUGGUAGAUAUCGAGACUACUCACCCCCGUAUGGACGAGGGAGGGAGAGCAACAGGUUUGUUGGUAGGAGCUAUGAUCGCCCUGGUAAUGCUCCUGGUUCAUUCAAAGGGGAAAAUGUGGCUAGAAGUAAUCCAAAUGUACGGCCAAGAGAAGGUGACUGGAUAUGCCAUUUGUGCAACAACUUGAACUUUGCAAGGCGUGAGUACUGUAACAACUGCAAGAGUUUGCGUUAUGCAUCUUCUGGGAGUCCUACUCCUAGGAGAGGCUAUGCCCCUCCUCCUCUUCGAAGAGUUCCUGGGCCCCCAAUGGACCGUUCUCCCGGAAGGUUUAUUAAUGGCCACAGGUCCCCUCCUCGUGCGUGGGCUAGGGAUGAUCCUAGAGAUUUUAGAGCCGGUUUUCCGCAUCCAAGAUAUGAAGGAAGGUUCCCCGAUCCCCCUUUGCGCAGAGAUAUGACAGAUUUCGUGGAUGAAGAUUAUAGGGGCAGGGGUAGGUUUGAUAGACCAGCGCUUGAUUGGGGCCACAACAGAGAUCGUGGAAGGGAGACCUUCUUACCUGAAAGGAGAGGUUAUGAAAGGCGAUUGCCAUCUCCUCCACCCCCACUACCAGCCAUGCCAACUCGUGGUGACCAAUGGGCUCGUGAUAUCAGAAAGAGGAGCCGCUCCCCAAUCAGAGGUGAGGCAACGGCAAAGGACUACCGUCGCAAUAUGUUCGCAGGUAGGGGCCGGAGAUGAUUGCCAUGAUGCCUUAGUUAUUAUUUGUGUGAUAUUUAGACUCUUGUUUAGUUCCAAGUGGACAAGGGGAACCUCUCAUGAUUUUGUUUGCUGGCUGUAAUUCUGGGAUUCUUUGCUGGAGUUUCGUCCGCGUAUGUGUGCCAAACUACCUUCUCAAAUUGUUGCUUUGUGCAGCCCCUUUUAUUGCUUUUUUUUUUCUUUUUUUUUUAAAAUAAAAAAACUCUUUUUAAAUUUAUUAGCAACUAAUGUGCUUCAGGGAAACUAAUUCGUUUUGUUCAA